AUGACGCAGGACGUGUACGAAAAACACUUGGCCAACAUGGAGCGCAUCAUGGCGCUCGCACUGCGCGGCCACGUCGGCUGGGACCGGUCGUCCGCCACGGCUACGAAUGGCUGGGAUGCGGUCGCUGACAAGAUGGGCUGGCAGCUCUUUGAGCACAAGCCGCGCGACCGGCCGACGUCGUUUGAGAUGCACGAGUACCUUGCGGUCGGGAGCCUCAAGACGUCGAUCGCGGCGCUGCAAGAGGCCUUUUACGUCAAAAACACGCACGACCUCCGCGCACUCUCGGGUGUGCUCUACGAAGACACGCUCCUCGACGCUGCGCUACUCAACCUCACGCACCGCCGGACACCCGAGGACCCGGGCCAGUUCUUCGGCGUCAAGUACCUCAAGCUCUCGGUGCAGGUCGCCAACCAAGAAGAUGUGGACCAAGAGUACAUCUACCUCGAGUUUGCUGGCACGCGUCUGGACGCCCAAGGCCGUGUGACGUACGUGAUCAUUACGGACCCGGUCUCGGUCCGGGCGCCCGAGCACAGGCAGUCGUCAUUGACGUUUGGUGAACGCUGCUCGACCGUCAAGCUCUAUCGCGAGAGCUCAAACGGAACUGUCGACGUGGUCGUGCGGGCCAAGCUGCAGUCGUCGCGCGGUCUCCCCAUGGCGAGUCGUAGCCAAAGCCAAAUUGCUGGUCAUUUCGGCGUCAACAAUGCUGCCCAACAGUGCAAGGCAGCGCACCUUGUCUACUGGAAGGCGAUGGGCGUGUUCCUGCCCGGGGGUCUGGUCAAGGACCUCAUGAGCCUUCCGAAAGAAACAAGUGCCCCCGAGGCCCGUCGCUUGGCCACAGGGCCCUUCUCGACCAAUUGGAACCACGCAAGCAAGUCGUGUAUCGUGUGCAGCAAGGGCUUCAACCUGCUCCGGCGGAAACACCACUGUCGGCGGUGUGGCGAGGCCGUGUGCAAGGGCUGCACCGUAUCGCUCUACUGCGUCGACCGACCGACCAAGUUGACGAGCUCGAGCGCGCUCGCCAAGGAGAAAUUUUGCAAGACGUGCUUUGUCGCUGCCAAGAUCGACGCCAACCGCCCGACGCCGCCCAAGCCCGAGCGGUCGACGACCCAAACCACGCACACGAUCGUGCUCGACCAUGACGACGCGAGCUCGGGCUCGGACUCGCUGCCGUACCGCGACAUUGUCCAUGUGCACAGCCCCGGCCGCGACGAGCGUGGCAAGCUGUUCUUUUACGCCGACACGUCGUCGUCACAGAGCGAGUCUCGACCCAACUCGCUGCACUCGGACCCGCAACGCACGAGCUUUCAUUCCAUGGUGCUGCACGACGGGUCCGCGCCACCGCCGCUGCAGCGGUCGGGCUCGAUCGAGUCCAAUGCGAGCGUCUCGUCGUCGGUGUUUGACAUGAUGAACGCUGUGCGCAUGCCGCGCGGCCGACCGCCGGUUCUCAACACCCUUCCGAGAGCUGACGCUGCUGCUAAUAAGGACAACAUCGACGACGACGACGCCGAUUCUGGCAACCAAGGCCACACGGUGCUACGACAUUUGUACUAA